AUGAACAUUGUGUCAUUUCUUAUUAGACAUGAGAUCAAUCGAUUCGAAUGCGUUCAUCCACUCAUUUAUGCUGCAUACGAUGUAUUGGACAAAGUUCACGAUCCGGUUAUUUCGGAGAAAAUUCGGAAUCACUUGAUCGCCAUUGAAGAUUCUUUUGUGAAUAGCCAAGAGUGGACGCUGUGCCGCUCCGUCACCGAAGUGCGACUAGGUGUUUUAGGUUCUCAGCAUUCCGGAAAAUCGGCUUUGGUACAUUAUUUUCUAACCGGCCUUUUUCUUCAAGAUGAUUCACCUGAAGGUGGAAGGUUCAAAAAGUUAUGUUUUGUUCAGACACAGCCAUGUUUGCUUCUGAUCCGUGAUGAGCCGGGACCGCCUGACGUACAGUUGGCCAGCUGGAUCGAUGCAUUGAUCUUCGUGGUCGAUUUGGGCGAUUUAGAGAGCAUACGCCUUGUUUGCAGUUACUACACGCUGUUAUGUGACUUACGCGACUUAUCUUCUAUCCCAAUCGAACUGGUCGCAAUCCAAGACCAAACGUUUAACAAGUCGAUUUCCUCCGAUGUCGAGUCGGGCGUUCGCCAGCUACUCGCUGUCAUGCAUUUCUGUCCAUACUACGAGGCUUCUACACUGCACGGAAUCAAUGUUGAACCCGUCUUCCACGACAUUCUGUCUCGCGUGUUCCUCAUACGAUCUUCCAUCAACCCUCCGGCCUCACCAACUAAAUCAUCGACCGGACUCUGUGAAACGCCAAAGCUGACUGUGAACACUGCACGCGCAUCCCAUAUUACAGUUAAUAGUGAAUAUGCUCCAGCCGCCCAAUUGUUUACCGGUCCCUCCAUCAUAGCGCCCCCGAAGUACCCUCUUGGACAGGUAUCCACAGCGCCUCCAUUGUUACCCAUUGCACCAACUUCCGGCUCGCUAAUGGACUCUACGUUGCUAGCUGGAUUACACACUCCCUCUUCCAACCGCACACACAAUCCAGUUUUCAGUGGGACGUCACGGCAGCAGGUCGUCUUCCCCAAGCUGAUCAAUCCUUCAUCUCAUUCAUCCUCAACGCUGCGUCCGACGCCGCCCGCUACUCUUUCACUCACUUCAAUGUCCGCCUCGGUGAUGUCACCGCACCCAUCUCGAUUGUUUGACCAAAUCCCUCCUGCGCUUCAACAGAUGCAACUACCGAGGGCCUCUCUGUCCACCGAGUUCCCUAAGCGAGCUAUACCAGAUUGCCCCGCAACUGUUGAUUCCUGGCCGUGUUCCGCAGCCUUGUCAUCUGGCGCGCAUCCCACUCCUAACAAUGCGUCGACAGCAAACUUCGGACCGUUCAUCACUUCUGGCGUCACAGCUCAGCGUCCGCUCUUGUGUAAGGAGAGCUCGCGCCUUCCCAGUGCAGUUCACUCAUCUGGUGCUGCAGCGUCCUCUCAGAGACGGCCAGAUGUUGAUGUCAAUUCACGCCCAAAUGCCAACUUUAGUCCACGUUUAUCCGAUGAAUCGAGACCCAAUCGACCGCGGCCCCAGUCGACAGGCUCUCUGAGCGGUCCUCUGUCUGGAAUUGCGUCGGCCACACUUUGCACAAUGGGACUCCAUUCGAGUUCGGGCGCGUCGAAGCAACGCGACAACGUUGGUGCUGGUCGGCUUAUUCCUCUGAAACAAGGCUAUUUGUAUAAACAUAAGACACCACGCAUUGGGAAAGAGGUGAAGCGAAAGAAGAAAUAUGUGGUCAUUACUGCGGACGCGCGGCUGUCUUAUCAUCCUUCGAAGCAGGAUUACAUCAGUGGCCAGCGCUGCAAAUCCAUUGACUUGACAAUAACCACGGUGAAACUACCCGGUCUAGCCUACCGGAUGAGUCCGGGCAACCCAUCUUCGUCUUUCUUCUCCUCGGACGCAUCCACUCAAAGUCUGACCGAGAUGAACUCCUCCUUCAUUCUACCCUCUCUAGUGCCAGCACCGAUUUCCACCGGCACAAGCACUCCCAGAACGUCUGCCCCGCAUUCGCCCGCUCUCGGCUUGACUGAUUCUUUGAAUUCAUGUCAUUUGGAAUCCAAAGGCGGUGCUGAUGCAUCUUGGAUGGGUUCUACUUCGCCUCACCAAGGUGAGGCACAGUUCGAGCUGACCGGCAAAAAGUCCGCUACCACAACGCAACAAAGCCUCCGUGACGGCGGGAGUCGUGUCCUGCGUGAUGUCAUGAAACGACACCAUAAGAAAACGAAAGCAUCAUCUUCCGACAAUUCUGUGGAUUAUGAAAACCAGGAAUUCCUAUUGGUUACCGCAGACAACACUCAGUGGCAUUUUGAAGCUUCUUCCACGGCUGAUCGGGACGAUUGGAUACAUCAUAUCGACUAUGUUAUCCACCAGCGCUUAAGAUCCGUUGUUGCACUACCUCACGAUGAUUACCCACGCGACCCUUACACAGGGGACAUGAAAUCUGUCAUGGAGCACAGUUUGGUGUCGAACCGCAUCCACUUGGCACGUCCCCUUUCAUUUACAGCCACUGGCUCUUGUAUGUUCAAGGACGGCGCUGGAGAAGAUGUGUGUGACCAAGACGAGGUUUUGAAGCGGCUGACUGCCCUCCCUGGAAACGAUUACUGUGCGGAUUGCGGAGCACCAAAUCCCGAAUGGGCCAGCCUCAGUCUAGUUGUGCUUGUCUGUAUCGAAUGCAGUGGAGUUCACCGUGAAUUGGGCACACACAUCUCUCGUGUUCGGUCGGCUGCUCUGGACACUUGGACACGCGAGCAUUUGGCGGUUAUGGUCGCAUUUGGAAACACCCUGGCCAACUCGGUUUGGGAAGGCGCUGCUCCCUCACAGGCAAAGCAAUAUAAGAAGCCCGAGCCUAGCUCCCCUCGGGAGGUGCGUGCCACCUGGAUUCAGAACAAGUAUGUUCACCGUCUGUUUCUUCCUCCUUUGCCUCUGGCAUCUCGUCCGAUCCAUCAGGACCUAGUGGAUGCACUGAUUCGCAAAGACAUGCGAAGCUUGCUCAUUUGCUUGGCUCUUUGCGGUGCCUCUCCCAAACAGCAGCAGUAUUUGGCUCGCACCAAUUCGAAGCAAUCACUCAUCAGUGCUCCGUACAACGAACAUGUUUCAUGGACUCCACUUCAUCUGGCUGCGGCUCUCGGAGAUCUAGCCUCCACACAACUGUUACUUUGGCAUGGAGCGGAUCUCCACUGCACCGAUCAGUUUGGUCUCACUGCGUGGUCUUACGCGCACGUUUGCCGACAGGACACAUGUGCCCGGCUACUGCAACUCCAUGGUUGUCGUGCCGUGCCGGUUUUGGACAUCCCACCGGAGUGGCUGCAACGAAUAAUCAACCUAUCUGCUCUUGAUACUUCUAAUUCCCUCACACGGGUGACUACGUCGGAUCCUGCAGCCGACGCAGGGAGUGAUUCACAGUCGUGUGAUUCACUAGCCGAAUCUCCGAUUGCGCGGCGAGUCCCACACUCAAAAUGA